UAACUCGUCUUUGCGAAAUUAAUAAUUUAAGUCAAAGCUAAAUAUUCACACAAUUAAAAACGUGCAAGCGGCGCUAAGUUUUCAAAGAUUACACUCUAAUGGGCACGUAAAUAUAUUGUCGAUCACAACAUCGUCUGCUCUGGUCUGCUCAAAGGCAGAACAAAACACUGUAUCUGUAAUUUUGGGUUGAACGUUGUUUGUGUUUGGCGUGUGCUGAGCCGAGACGAUUUCGAUUUUAACCAGUCCAACGGAUAAAUCUUGCAAAUUACAUAUUGUCUGUGGCAUAUUUUUGGUUUCUUAGACUUUAUACACUGGUUUGAUGAAAUGAUAAUGUUUAACUCUCCGAGUUCAAAGUGAAUUGCAGUGGACUAACCUCGCUUUCUAUCGAGACAGUAUAACUUUUAAAGUUGUAAAGCGUACAUGAUCUGAUCCCAUGAUUGACAUACUAAAGUACCUAGCAUGUCUAUGUUAAAAAUACCUGCAUUAAGGAGUGAGGAAGUGAUUGUUAUAUCUUCUGAUGAUGAAGACUGUGAUGACACAGACAUAAUACUGGGGUCUGAUGAUGAAGUUACAUCCAGUGAAGAAGCAGGGAAAAGUUUCAAGCUACACGCUUGUAGCUACCGUCCUCCUAUAGGAUAUCCUACAUCUACAAUACUCAUUGAAGAUUCAGAUGAGGAAGAUUUUCAGGAUGUCAGUCAUGAAAGAGGAGUGAAGGCUGAAGAUUCUGAUGAAGACCUCCCCGAUAUAUUCAUUAAUCAUGUACAAACACUUCCUGACUUGUGUGUAGAAGUUAAUCUUCUGAAGAGAAGCCCGAAGAAAGAAGCCAGUGUUAGCGAACCUCAUCCAAAGGUUCUGAAGUUAGUAAAUGAAAAUUCAGAAUCAGGAAUUACAUUUGGCUUACAACUGUCAACAAUUAAGAAGAGGAUUUCUAAUUCUAUUCUAAGAGGAGGGUUUAAAGGACAGAGUUUAAACCCUUGCAAUAGGAGUUUUACUUCAUGUUAUGAAACCCACAGGAAUCAGCCCAAAUCAGUUGCUACACCAAUGCAGUCGAAAGCUCUAUUUGAAACAAUGAUGGAAGAUGAAAAUCUUUAUCUGUUUGCUCUCAGAGCUAUGGCACAUCGAACAGUUAGCCAUAAACAAUAUUUAGAGCCAUCUCUAUUAAAUCUGUUGCUACAAUAUUUGUUUGGCUCAGAACUGAAAUUUGAAUUACCGGAACCUAAAGGUUUAUAUUUGGGUGUCUCCAUUUUGUACAAAUUACUUAAAUUUCACCCUCCGUGUAAAGAAGGAAUGCACCACAUCUAUCUCAAAAUGUGCCAAGAUUGGUUUGGCAUUCUCCUGAAGAAGGUCAACGCUUUAUUGAAGGAAGAGCCGAGUGUUUCCGGAGGUGUCCAGGAGGAAAUACAACCAGUUACAAAUGAAUCUGUAUAUUCAGAAUCGCAUGAUGAUUACACUUCUGUCAUUAAGAGAAAAGCCAUAGAAAAGAAGAAAAAGUAUUUGAGUUUAAAGAGGGAUGAUAAAUUGCAACAUUUUUGUGUUUUGUUUAAGUAUUUUUCUAAAGUUAUGGAACACAGCUUCCUUCAGUGGUCUAUCCGUCAUUGGCAAAAAAAAUCAAGUGCCUUAUUUAGGAAAGAUGUUUGUCCCAUCAUUAGUGAAUUAUUCUGGGGUUCAUCCACCUGGACUGGGGACUGGGGCUCAGUCAAUGCAUCAGUCCUUGAGUUAUUUUCCUUAUACUCUCAAAGUUCCAAGAUUCCAAAUCUACAAGAAAGUUGUGGAAAUGUUAUUGCUAUUUGUGCAGCCAUUUUGCAUAGGAAAGAGAUGGCUGUUUACCCUGAAAUGGGACAAAUGACUCGAACAUAUGCAUAUAAGUUAUAUUUUGAAAUCAAAUCAUCCUCUGAUGUAGAAAUCAAUGUCAGAAAUCUUCAUCCUGACUGGCUCAAGUUUCAUGUUGCUUCCUUAUUUCUUGGGGUUGAAGAGCCAGCAAAUUUUUACAAGACCAAAGAGAGGAUUUCCAAAGUUCUUCAUGAUAAAGACAGAGAUCUAAAUUAUUCAUCAUUCAUGGAACCCUUGUGCUUUGAAGCCAUCAGGGCCAUGAUGGGCAUGGUUCAGCUGAAAUCCUCAGAACCGGAGCAUUGUGACCUUACAGAGAGGGUAUUGGAGGAAAAUAAUUCUUGGUUCAAUGAAAUUAUUGAAGAUGAAAAGAUUUCUAGCCUUGUUAACAUGAUUAAAAAUACUUUAUCUUUACCAUCUGUUAAAAAAAGAAACUGGCAUUUUGAUGGUUUUGAGAACUUUCAAACUUAAUGAAUGAUGCAUACCCCUGUUAUUAUGCCCGGAGGUUCAGGAAUGGGCUGACUUAUUGUAAUUGCCCACACAUUUUUUAAAAAAAUCAAUUAUCAAUUCGGUCUCCUAAAAAAGUAUCGAGACACUAAAGAUUUUAUUGUUAAGACUAUUGUGAUAUUAUUGCUUAUUUUAUAUGUUUGACAACUGUGAUGAGGAGAUUUGUUCUUAGCAUAAUGGAGAAAGUUCUGUAUCCUACUCCUGUUUUUGCACCAAUAAAACAUUGUUUUAAAAUCAUUAUGCAUAA